AUCAAUAUAACAAGAAAGAAAAAGGGAAAUUUACAGGUUUUAUGUGAUGGAGAUUAAGGUACAUACCGAAGACUUUCGUCAUCACAGUGAAGAGAAACAGCCUCUCAUGCAAGAUAUACCCAUUCCUGAUACAGAAAGGAAGAACUUGGUACAGAGAGCAAUCUGUGAGACAUUCAAAAGCACAGCUCAUUUGGCUAAUCUUUUACCUACAGGAUCAGUUCUUGCUUUCCAACUUCUGUCACCCAUCUUCACAAACUUAGGAAAUUGUGAUCAAGUCAGCCAAUAUAUGACUGCUGGGCUUGUAGCUCUUUGUGGGUUAUCAUGUUUCCUUUUGAGCUUCACAGACAGCUUUAAAGACAAUAAUGGAAAUGUCUUUUAUGGGUUCGCCACACUGCGAGGCUUGUGGAUCAUUGAUGGAUCAGCUUCUCUUCCACCUGAACUUGCUGCAAAGUACCAGCUGCGUUUUAUAGAUUUCAUGCAUGCUUUCAUGUCAGUACUGGUUUUUGCAGCUGUAGCACUGUUUGAUCAGAAUGUGAUAAGUUGCUUCUAUCCGACACCAACAGUUGAGACCCAGGAGGUCCUCACUUCACUUCCUGUUGGAAUAGGUGUCAUAUGCAGUAUGUUAUUCGUCGUCUUCCCCACCCAGCGCCAUGGAAUUGGCUUUCCUGUAACUGCAAGUUAAUGUUCUUUUCCUCUUUGUCCACACCAGGUGUAAAUUUCUCACAGUUAUAAAAUGCAGAAAAUCACCACUUAGUAAGAACACUUGGCAAAGGUUCAUUGAAAAGACACCUUCAAACUAUUUGGAGAAAGAAACUCUACUUUUAUGAUUACAUGUCAUUUGGUUCAUCUAAAGCAAAUACAUUUAAGUACACCAGUUGCAGAACUUAGAGAAAUUAGUUGCAGGAAUUUAGAGAAACUACCCACUAAAGACUAGGUGGUUUAAAAUACAGAAAUACAUAAAAGUCAGGAAAUUUAUGGUUUAAGAUACUGAUAUAUAAAUACAGACAGAUCAUGUAGACUUCAAAUCUUUUCUUCCCUUGCAGCCUUGUGUAGAACACCAGUACACUGUGGCCACUGAAUGGAAGACUCUAAUGCCUUCCCCAGUUUUCUGUCACCAAAACCCUUUAGGUCAUUGAGGAACCAAAAAGAUUUCCUCUUGCUUCUUCAUUUUACUUACAGCUUUUCAUAAAGUUGUAGACAAUAAAAAGAACAGCACAGAGAGAGAUCCAGGUAAACAGAUUUCCAUUCUUCGCAUGAUCUUGACACUGUUUAGGAGCAGGUAUUUGUACAUUCUUAGAUUCAACUUCCUAACUGUUUCUGUUUCCUCACUUAUCGUCCUAAUUUUGUACACUUAGAUUUCUGUUUCCUAAGUUUCAAACAUCUACAAAUGUAUGAAAACCCGAGGAAUUUUCCCAAGUGGCUUGUGAAGCCUUCCAUAUCUUGUCACUGAACCAGGAAUUACACCACUGGUUUUUUUGUCGUUUGAUGAGUUGUCGGUCUGAAAGGGAAUCCUUUGAUUCUCAUAAACUGGUUCUUCUUGUAAUGGUACUUGAGGGGGUGCUUUCUUUAGCUGUGAAUGACAAAAAGUACAAAAACUUACCAGCGAAGCAUGAGCGUUUAAGUGGUUAUCUGCUUUAUUGUCAUCACCAACAUCACUAAUCAAUCACCACUUAUAUACGGCAUACUCUACUUGUUCAAACAUUUUGUCAUUUAAGAAAAUUACACCUUUUUUGCCAUUGUGUUCAUGGUGUUUUGUUUUAAUUUCUCAUAAAAUGUUUCUUGCAU